UUUUAACCCUAAAUUUUAUCAAAAUGUUUAUAAAUUAUCUUUUUUGUUUGUUAAUAUUUUUAAAUUUGAUUGGAAUAUUGCUUUGUUCAAAUGACUUGAACAGCUAUGGACAAGAAGCAGAAUUAAAAGAUACCGGAAGCUCAGUAUCUGGAAUUAAUCAACAACUUUCAAGAACACGAAGAUACAUUAAUGAAGACGAAUAUAAAAAAGAAAAGAUGAGAGAAAGUUUGUACAAAAUUUUAGAAAUAAAUUCUGGUUGGUUAACUGAAGAGCAGAAGGGAGAAUUAAGAAAGGAUUUGAAAAAUGGAAAAUCAUUGGAUGGAGAAAUAUAUGAGAAAGUUUUUCAAUGGUUUAGUAGAUUGAAAUUGACAUUAUCUGAAUGGUCUGAAGCAAAGGAUACUGCUUCAUCUAGUUGCUAUAUUUUUUCGUGGAAGAGCGUAUAUGAGUUGAUCCAAAGUGUAGAUAUACUCCUAUUGAAAGUGGAAUUAAUUUAUGGCGAUGAAAAAUGCAAUAAUCUCGAAAGUGACCUUAAUAAGUUAACAGCAAUCGUUGAUGAUAAAAAAGAAAGAAACGAUAUUGUUCAAAAAUAUUGUGAUUUAAUAAAAAAUAAUACAAAAAUAAGAGAUAAGAGAGAAAGUAAAGAAAAUACAACUAGUGAAAAUAAGAUAGAAAAUUAUUUCAAAAUACUAAACUUGGAUUGGUUGGAUGAAAAGCAGCGUGAACAUCUUAAAAAUAUGUCCUCUGAAGCAAAUCGAGCAGCAAUGCGAUAUAAGGUAGUAAAAUGGUUUAAUCAUUUACAAGCUGAGGCAAAAGAGAGAGCCACUGAUCUUUUCAAGGCCGGAUGUAACAAACUUCUAAAAAUAAGUCAAGAGGGAUGUGAUUAUUUUGGCUCAUUAGACUCGCAAAAAAUCGACGAGCUUAAAGAGUACAUGGACUGGACAACGUAUAACAAAAUAAAAGAAUUAAUUGCUCCAUUGCAAGAAAAAGUGGAACUCAGAAAUAUUGCUCAUGAUUAUAAUCAAACUUGUAGAGAACUUUUUGGCAUUGGAGAGGAGGAGGAAAGUGAAGAGAAGGAAGGUGGAAGACAAAGGCGAUCUUAUGACAGAAGAGACUCGAGGGCUGAACAAGAAAGUGGAGAAGGAAGUGAGGAAGAGGUUGACAAUCGUGAUUAUAACUCGAAGGUGCUUAAUGUUGAAGCAAACAAUAAUGAACAAAGUGGAAGAGAAGAUGAUGGGGAAGAACACGAUUUUGGAGAUGAACACUUAAAUGCACACAACUCAUGGCUUAAUUCUGACCAGAAGCGUCAUAUAAAAAGAAUGAAACAAAAAGGGCAUGAAGACCACGAGAUACACGAAAAAAUAAAUGAAUUUCAUGAGACUUCGCCCGAGGAAAUUAAGGUAACUGCAAAAGGAAUUCUCAAAAGAGGAUGUGAGUCUGUAUUUAAACGCUUAUUCGGAGAAUAUAUUGCCGAGGAAAUUAUCCAAGCACGUGAACAGGGAGCUUCUACUGCCGAACUUGACGAGAAAAUAAACACAGCUUUAGGGCAUAUUAAAAAUGCGAAGAAGAGGAAAGAGGCGACUCGAUUCGCUGCUACAUGCCGUCGAAUAUUUACUAUGAUUGAGCGACGUCGCAGAGAUGUAUUAUACACCACAAAUGAAGACUUGAGACUAUAA